CAAUAUAACGUUAUUUCUACUCUAAUUUGUUUUUGGGAGAGCCAUGGAAGCAAAGUUAAAGAGAGAGCUGGGGACAGUCAUGCUGAAGCCAACUGGUCACACAGGAGGUGGCUGUAUCAGCGAGGGUCAGAGUUAUGAUAUUGAUACAGGAAGAGUUUUUGUGAAGAUAAACCGCCAGGGCGAGGCCAGAUUGAUGUUUAAUGGGGAAAUGGCCAGUUUAGAAGCCAUUUUGAAGACAGACACUGUUAAAGUCCCCAAGCCUGUGAAGGUGAUUGACCUUGACACAGGAGGAGCUGUAUUUGUGAUGGAACAUCUGGACAUGCGAGGUCUUACCAAGUACUCAAAGCAACUUGGGGAGCAGUUGGCAGAUCUCCAUCUUCACAACAAGAGACAGUUGGAAAAAUUAAAUAAAGAGCAGCAGACAGUGGGAAAAGGAGCCGGGCAGUCGGAAGUGGCCGUUGUUGAAAAAUUUGGGUUCAAUGUAGCUACAUGCUGUGGAUAUUUAGCACAGGAAAAUGAAUGGCAGAAUGACUGGGUGACAUUUUACUCCCAGCAAAGGCUGCAGCAUCACCUUAACAUUGUGGAAAGAUCUUAUGGAGACAGGGAGGCCAGAGAAUUAUGGGCAAAGCUACAGCUGAAGAUCCCUGAGUUUUUCACAGAUGUGGAGAUUGUCCCUGCUCUCCUUCAUGGAGACUUAUGGGGAGGCAAUGUGGCAGAAUGCACAGAAGGCCCAGUCAUCUUUGACCCUGCUUCCUUCUAUGGCCAUUCAGAGUAUGAGCUGGGAAUUGCAGGGAUGUUUGGUGGCUUCAACAGUUCUUUUUACUCUGCUUACCAUGACAAAAUCCCUAAAGCACCAGGCUUUGCAAAGAGAAACCAGCUUUACCAACUUUUCCACUAUCUGAAUCACUGGAACCACUUUGGUGGUGGUUACAGAAGCUCUUCAAUAAGUAUUAUGAAGAACCUACUGAAAUAACUGCACUGACAGCCAGCUGUAGAAAGCCACACAGAGGUUCUUGGGUGAGACAGUCAUCCACACAGCACAUGACAUCUUGAAUAAAUGCUUAGUAUUAACCUUAAGCCAAGUGCUAAAUGUAUAUAUUGACAUUGAUUUGAUCAAUUAUAGUUUUGCUAAUUUUUAAAGAAAUUAAACAUUACAUUCUGAACAUUGUAAUUUCUGUUAUUGUGUAGAAAUGACAGAUUCAACAAGACCAUGUACCCUCCCUGGCCCAUCUACACUACACCAACCAAAAUGCGAAAACCAGAUUCCAAAUCACUUUAUGUUAUUGAAUUUUAAUUUAUUUUUUUUAGAAUUACUUGUGUAUAUAACCAUGAAUCCCAAAAUGCAAAACUAACAUUUUAUUCAAGUGGAAAUGUGAGCAGUGUAUUAGAGGUAGACUUGAUCAGAUUGGGAGAACAAAUGUAUGUGCGGCAAGACAUUUCUUAAUUUUUGAUUCUUUUGCAUUGCCGGUGUUUGCACUAAGGACCUCUGAUUUUCUCUGUGAAUGCAAUACUGUACACAUAAUAGCUUGACUGUUGAUGUUACUGUUUAGCAAUGAAUUCUUGCAGUAUUUGCUAUCCACUAAUCAGCAAUAAAUCUUCGGUUGA